CGCCGCUCUCCCCCUGCCGCAACCACCACCACCACUACCGCCGCCUGAAGCUGAGGGGUGGUGGAGAUGUGGGCGGCGGAGGCGGCGUUCGCGCGGUCGGGGUCGUGGAGGGAGGAGGAGGACGAGCAGGAGGCGCUGCGAUGGGCGGCGCUGCAACGGCUCCCGACGGUGGCGCGGGCGAGGAGGGGGCUGCUCAGGUCGCCCGCGCCCGGGGAGCGGGCCGCGGAGGACGACGCGGCGGCGCUCUGCGAGGUCGACGUCGCGGGCCUCUCCCCCGGCGACCGCACCGCGCUCGUCGAUCGCCUCCUCGCCGACUCCGGCGACGUCGAGAACUUCUUCCGCCGCAUCCGCGCCCGCUUCGACGCAGUGCAGAUAGAGUUCCCCAAGAUCGAGGUGAGGUACGAGGAUCUGACGGUGGACGCAUACGUGCAUGUCGGGAGCAGGGCGCUGCCAACCAUCCCAAACUUCAUAUGCAACAUGACAGAGGCAUUUCUGAGGCAUUUGAGGAUCUACCGAGGGGGAAGAGUGAAGUUGCCGAUUUUGGAUGACGUUAGUGGGAUCAUUCGUCCAUCCAGAAUGACACUGCUGCUGGGCCCUCCGAGUUCAGGAAAGACCACCUUGCUUUUAGCUCUUGCUGGACGACUAGGCCCUGGACUAAAGAUGUCCGGUAACAUCACUUACAACGGCCAUCAUCUGAAUGAAUUUGUGCCCCAGAGAACAUCUGCUUAUGUCAGUCAGCAAGACUGGCAUGCUUCGGAGAUGACAGUCAGAGAAACCUUAGAGUUUGCUGGGCGCUGUCAAGGUGUUGGAAUAAAGUAUGAUAUGCUCGUUGAACUCUUGAGGAGAGAAAAGAAUGAAGGUAUAAAACCUGAUGAGGACCUUGAUGUGUUCAUGAAGGCAUUGGCUCUUGAGGGGAAACAGACAAGCCUCGUUGCAGAAUAUAUAAUGAAGAUUUUAGGGCUGGACAUUUGUGCUGACACAAUUGUUGGAGAUGAAAUGAUCAAAGGAAUCUCUGGGGGACAAAAGAAGCGCCUGACAACAGGUGAACUGUUAGUCGGUUCUGCUCGUGUGCUGUUCAUGGAUGAGAUAUCUACUGGCCUAGACAGUGCAACCACAUAUCAGAUUAUCAAGUAUCUAAGGCAUUCUACACAUGCUCUUGACGGCACUACAAUCAUAUCAUUGCUGCAACCAGCUCCAGAAACUUAUGAGCUAUUUGAUGAUGUCAUUCUCAUAUCUGAAGGGCAAAUUGUAUAUCAGGGACCACGUGAAUAUGCUGUUGAUUUUUUUGCCGGUAUGGGAUUCAGAUGUCCUGAAAGGAAAAACGUCGCUGACUUCUUGCAAGAAGUUUUGUCCAAGAAAGAUCAGCAACAAUAUUGGUGCCACUAUGAUUAUCCAUACCAGUUUGUCUCGGUAUCAAAAUUUGCUGAAGCCUUUAAAACAUUUGUUAUUGGUAAGAGGCUGCAUGAUGAGUUAGCUGUUCCAUUCAAUAGAAAGCGUAAUCAUCCUGCAGCUCUUUCAACAUCAAACUAUGGUGUAAGGAGGCUUGAACUUCUAAAGUCCAACUUUCAAUGGCAGCAUCUGCUGAUGAAAAGGAAUUCGUUCAUAUAUGUCUUCAAAUUUAUUCAGCUUUUACUUGUUGCCUUCAUCACAAUGACUGUGUUUUUCCGAUCAACAAUGCACCGCGACUCAGUUGACGACGGGAUUAUUUAUCUUGGAGCCCUCUAUUUUGCAAUAGUGAUGAUUCUAUUUAAUGGCUUUACUGAAGUCUCACUCUUGGUCACGAAACUUCCAAUUCUUUACAAGCACAGGGACUUGCACUUCUACCCUCCAUGGGCUUACACACUUCCUUCCUGGCUCUUGAGCAUUCCAACCUCGCUUAUUGAAUCAGGAAUGUGGGUACUAGUGACAUAUUAUGUGGUGGGCUAUGAUCCCCAAUUUACAAGAUGUCUUGGACAAUUUCUCUUGCUCUUUUUUCUCCACCAGACAUCCUUGGCUCUUUUCCGGGUCAUGGCAUCUUUGGGUCGGAAUAUGAUAGUUGCUAACACCUUCGGAUCGUUUGCCUUGUUGGUUGUUAUGAUCCUUGGAGGAUUCAUUAUAACCAAAGAGAGCAUACCAGUCUGGUGGAUUUGGGGUUACUGGAUAUCUCCUAUGAUGUAUGCACAAAAUGCAAUCUCUGUCAAUGAAUUCCUUGGGCAUUCUUGGAGCCAGCAAUUUGCAAACCAGAACAUCACACUAGGGGAGGCAAUACUCACUGGAUAUGGAUUAUUCAAGGAAAAAUACUGGUUCUGGAUUGGGGUUGGAGCAUUGUUUGGUUAUGCCAUUGUUUUGAACAUCUUAUUCACAUUGUUCUUGACUCUUCUCAACCCUAUUGGGAAUAUACAAGCUGUUGUGUCCAAAGAUGGUAUUCAGCAUAGGGCUCCUAGGAGGAAGAAUGACAAAUUAGCCCUAGAGCUAAGAUCUUACCUGCACUCAGCUUCACUGAAUGGGCAUAAUCUCAAGGACCAGAAGGGCAUGGUGUUACCAUUUCAACCCCUUUCUAUGUGCUUUAAAAACAUAAAUUACUACGUUGAUGUACCACCGGAAUUGAAAAGUCAAGGUAUAGUAGAAGAUCGCCUGCAGUUGCUUGUUAAUGUCACUGGAGCAUUUAGGCCAGGGAUACUAACAGCACUUGUUGGAGUAAGUGGAGCUGGCAAAACGACUCUUAUGGAUGUUUUAGCUGGCCGGAAGACUGGAGGACUCAUAGAAGGAAGCAUCACUAUAUCUGGGUAUCCUAAGAACCAAGAGACUUUCACUAGGAUCUCUGGUUACUGUGAACAAAAUGAUGUGCAUUCACCUUGCUUGACUGUGAUCGAGUCAUUGUUGUACUCUGCAUGCCUCCGGUUGCCUUCUCAUGUUGAUGUGAACACUCGAAGGGUUUUUGUCGAAGAGGUGAUGGAACUUGUUGAACUAAAUGCCUUAAGUGGUGCUCUUGUUGGCCUACCAGGAGUAAAUGGUUUGUCAACUGAACAACGUAAAAGGCUGACAAUAGCUGUGGAGCUUGUGGCAAAUCCUUCAAUCGUAUUCAUGGAUGAGCCUACAUCAGGGUUGGAUGCUAGGUCAGCAGCCAUUGUGAUGAGAACUGUACGGAAUAUUGUUAAUACAGGACGGACAAUUGUGUGCACCAUCCAUCAGCCAAGCAUCGACAUAUUCGAGUCAUUUGAUGAGCUUUUGUUUAUGAAGCGUGGGGGGCAACUUAUAUAUGCUGGUCCCCUGGGCUCGAAAUCACGUAAUCUGGUCGAGUUUUUCGAGGCAAUUCCAGGAGUUCCUAAAAUCAGGGAUGGCUAUAAUCCUGCUGCAUGGAUGUUGGAGGUCACAAGUACUCAGAUGGAGCAAAUUCUUGGAGUAGAUUUUGCCGAGUACUACCGGCAGUCAAAACUAUUUCAGCAGACCCAAGAAAUGGUUGAUAUCCUGAGCAGACCACGAAGAGAAUCAAAAGAACUUACUUUUGCUACCAAGUAUUCUCAACCAUUCUUUGCUCAGUAUGCUGCUUGCUUAUGGAAGCAAAACCUCUCGUACUGGAGAAAUCCUCAAUAUACUGCGGUCCGAUUUUUCUACACUGUCAUCAUUUCCUUGAUGUUCGGGACAAUCUGUUGGAAAUUUGGGUCUCGAAGGGAGACCCAACAUGAUAUAUUCAAUGCCAUGGGUGCCAUGUAUGCAGCAGUACUUUUUAUAGGAAUCACUAACGCUACCUCUGUUCAACCUGUGAUUUCUAUAGAAAGAUUUGUCUCAUACAGAGAGAGGGCAGCUGGGAUGUACUCAGCACUACCUUUUGCAUUCUCCCUGGUUACUGUGGAGUUCCCUUACAUUCUUGUGCAGUCACUUAUCUACGGCACAAUUUUCUACAGCUUGGGCUCUUUUGAGUGGACAGCAGUGAAGUUCUUGUGGUACCUGUUCUUCAUGUACUUCACCUUGCUGUACUUCACUUUCUAUGGCAUGAUGACAACGGCGAUUACUCCAAACCAUACUGUUGCGCCUAUUAUUGCUGCUCCAUUCUACACGCUGUGGAAUCUCUUCUGUGGGUUCAUGAUCCCAAGAAAGAGGAUUCCUGCGUGGUGGAGGUGGUACUACUGGGCCAACCCGGUGUCAUGGACGCUGUACGGCCUGCUCACCUCCCAGUUCGGCGACCUGGAGCAGCCGCUGCUGCUCGCCGACGGCAUCACCACCACCACCGCCGUGGAGUUCCUCAGGGACCACUUCGGCUUCCGCCACGACUUCCUCGGCGUCGUCGCCGGCAUGGUCGCCGGCUUCUGCGUGCUCUUCGCCGUCGUCUUCGCCCUGGCGAUCAAGUACCUCAACUUCCAGAGAAGAUGAUGGGUCAUGCCGAUGGACGAGCAGGAAGCAGCACAACGUACACCACCAUUAAUUCCGGCCAGCCAUAUAUAUAUAUAUAUCUAGCUCGGUUAAUCCGUCAGCCGGCCCCCCAAUGUACUGCAAACUACUACUUCUACUAUGCAUCUCAAUCCAUUAAUUCCUGCAUCUUCUCGCUGCCACAA